AUGAUCUCCCUCACACCAACACUCUCCUCCUUGCUUGCCCUCGGGGCUGUCCAUGGCGCCGCGGCCCUGGACGCAGCAGGAUGGCGAAACCAAAGCAUCUACCAGGUCAUCACAGACCGCUUCGCCAGAACGGACGGCUCAGCACCUCUCUGCGACGCUUCACUGGGUACUGCUUGCGGUGGCACGUGGAAGGGAAUCACCAACCAGCUCGACUACAUCCAGAAUCUGGGCGCCACUGCCGUGUGGAUCUCGCCCAUCGUCAAGAACGUCGAGGGCAAGUUUGGCUUAUCUGGCGACGCUUACCAUGGCUUCUGGACCGAAGACUUGUACUCCCUCAACGAGCACUUUGGUACCGAGGCCGACCUGAAGGAGCUCGCCGACUCCCUCCACGCUCGCGGCAUGUACCUGAUGGUUGACAUUGCCCCCAACCACGUCGGUCUGCCCACAUCCCCCGGCAACUACAGCAACUUCAAGCCUUUUAACAAGGCCUCGUACUUCCACGACAAGUGCAGUAUCCAGUGGAACAACCGCAAGUCCGAGCAGCUCUGCUGGCUCGAGGGCCUGCCCGACCUUCGCACUGAGGAUGCCGAUGUGAGGAAGAUCUAUGCUGAGUGGAUCAAGGACCUCGUCUCCAAGUACUCCAUCGACGGCUUCCGUGUCGACACAGCCCUCGAGAUUGAGCCUGAGUUUUGGACCAAGGGCGGCGUCAAGGAUGCAGCCGGCGUGUUCCUCCUGGCUGAGAUCAACCACAGCGCCCCUGAAACUCUCGCCCCCUACCAGAAGUACCUCGACGGCUACAUUGACUUCAGCAGCUGGAACUGGUACGUAGAGGCCUUCCAGGCGACCGACGCCGACUUUUCUGCGCUCUUCAAGGGCACCAACAAGCUCGCGGCCAUGAACGAGAUCGAUCCUUCUCUGUUCGGCUCGUUCCUCGAGAACCACGAUCAGGUGCGCUUCCCCUACCGCAACGGGGACGUGGCGCUGGCCAAGAACGCCAUCUCCAUCUCGAUGCUGCGUGACGGUAUUCCAAUCAUCUACUACGGCCAGGAGCAGCACUACGCCGGCGGAAACGUGCCGAACAACCGUGAGGCUCUCUGGCUGGGUGUCGGCUACGACAUCUACUCUGAGCUGUACGGUUGGAUUCAACAGACAAACAAGGUUCGCGCGCACGCCGCGCGGGCCAACGCCGACUUCCUGACGGAGGAGCGCACCACUGCGCUCUUCUACGAUGGCGACAGCACCGGCAACAGCUCCAGCGUCAUCGCAUUCCGCAAGGGCCAGAUGCUGUCCAUGUACACCAACGGAGGCAGCAGCGCCGUCAACAACGUCAGCUACGCCCUGGGCUCGGCCGUCACCGACUACGAGGUCGGCGCGGAGCUCAUCGACGUGCUGAACUGCGAGUCCUUCACGGUGGACAGCGACGGGCGCCUCAACGUGCAGAUGCCAGCGGGCGGCCUGCCGCGGGUCUUCCUGCCCGUGGCGCAGACCGACGGCCUCUGCAACAACGUCGGCACGCCGGUGUCUGAUGCCGUCGAGACUGUCUCUGUCGACAAGAACAUGGGCAGCAGCAAGCGGUCGGUGCCGUUUGUGACGAGGAGGACUGUUCGGGCGGACUAA